UUAUUGUCUGUUCUGCACGGUGGACAUUAGACAACAACCGCCCUGAUUGCCCUCCUCUUCGUUAUCUGGCUCUCUCCCUCUGCUCGGCGCCAGGACGUCACAUCGACGCACAUACGACGCCCAACCUAAUAUCAAUCUGUAUCAAACUGCUCUCCUUGAGUCACGCCCAAUCUUGCUCUCCCUUGUACCAGCUGUCUGUGUAAUUGUGUUGUUUCCAAUAUGAAGUCCUUAACUGUUCUCUCGACCCUCUUUGCUCUGGGUGCCGUUGGUGUGCCCACCAGACGACAGAGCAACAUCGAUAAUACGAUGCUCAACUUUGCACUCACGCUCGAAUACUUAGAAAACCGGUUCUACGCAGACGGGUUAUCACAAUUUGACGAUACGGCCUUCACCAGCGCAGGCUUUCCCGAUUGGGUCAGAGGACGCAUCACGCAGAUAGCAGCGCAUGAGGCCUCCCAUGUUUCUUACCUCCGCUCCAUCCUCGGUUCUGCUGCAACAGCAGAAUGUGUCUACUCGUUCCCGUACACCGACCCCUCCUCGUUCGUCGCACUCGCCUCGGCAUUGGAGGGGAUCGGUGUGGCCGCUUAUACUGGGUCGACGCAGCUUUUGACGGAGAAGAGCGUGAUUAUGGCUGCUAGCAGCAUUCUGGCAGUGGAAGCGCGGCAUCAGGGGUGGAUCGAGAGUGCAGUAGAGCAUGGGCCAGGGUGGAAUACUGGGUUUGAGACCCCGCUUGAUGUGGAUCAGGUGUAUACCCUUGCUGCCUCGUUCAUCACUUCAUGCCCGUCUUCGAAUCCUGCUCUUCCUGUGACCGCCUUCCCCGCGCUCUCAAUCCAGCAAGCGUCCAUCUCAGCAGGAGACACGGUGACGUUGCAAUUUAACACGAGCAUUGCCGGGCCGUACUUCGCCGCUUUUUUCACUGGACUCUCUACUAUAUUUGUAUCAAUUCAGCACGAUAAUUCCGUUGCGGUGCCAUCUGGGCUGCUUGGAACCGUAUUCAUGCUGGUCACCACGAGUAGCUCAAGUGUGACAGAUGGAAACACGGUUGCUGGUCCCACCGUGCUGAACUUCCCUUUCUUGAGUUCAGUCGUGGUGCCAAGCACUUGAUCUAGGCUCCUACCUCAUGUUCUUGUUUUCUGUCCGGCUGUGGGCCCCGUGUAGUACACAUGUUGUCCUCGUGAGAGAUGUACGAUUGUAAUACCACUUAUCAUUCAC